AUGAAAGCUUUGAAAUAUGCAACUGAACUUGGAAUUGCAGAAACAUGUGACAGCGGUACAUACGGCCUAGACUGUCAGUUAUCAUGCUCACAGAGACAUUGUCAUGACGAAGCUGCCAGUUGCGACCAUGUUACUGGUUCCUGUGGAGGUCCAUGUAAGGGAGAUUGGAAGGAAAUAGACUGUACAGGAUGUACAGGGGCAUAUGGCCCAGGAUGCAGAUCAUCAUGCAGCGCCAGACACUGUCAAGCUGAUGACGCACUAUGUGAUCACAUGACUGGAUCAUGUUAUGGACCGUGUGGUGCUGGUUGGCAAGGAGAUACGUGUACUGACAAAUGUGACACUGGUAAAUACGGUGAUAACUGUACCAUGUACUGUGCCGCUAGAAACUGCAGAGCCGAUGAUGUCUGUCCUAUUGAAGACGGGCAGUGUGUAAGUGGAUGUAUCUCUGGAUUUCAUGGAGUGGACUGCGUGCGAGCCCAAGCUGUCACUUCCAACAGUAAUUCCGACACCAUUGCUGUUUCCGUUGUGGCGAGUGUUCUCUUUGUAUUGUUGGUUAUAGUGACGAGUCUUUUUAUCUGGUACGUUAAAAGUCACAGAACAAAGUCGGACUUGUAUCAGCAAGAUAUGAAAAAAAAAAACACGAAUCCAUCCAGCCAACCUACAGACCCCAGCGCUGUAGAAUAUGAACUCGUCGAUGGACAAGAUGGCGGCCACAACAGUCAUGGAGGUUCCAGUUCUCAACAAGUCGACACAUCCAGUUCAGCCAAUUAUGGCAAUUCUCCGACGUCACAUGAUCAAAUUGAUGUCCAGCGGAGACAUUCUGAGAGUGGGGGUGGCUAUGUUAAUGCAGGCCAAACGAAUGUAUAUGAAAAGCUUGAUUUAUCCAACCCACCGCAGAAUGACUAUGAUAGGAUAACUGGUGUUUAGACAAAUGGGAAUGAACAUUUGGUUGACGAACGUUGAUACUUGUUUUAACCGGCCUCGGUGGUGUCGUGGUUAAGCCAUCAGACAUAAGGCUGGUAGGUACAGGGUUCACAGCUAGGUACCGGCUCCCACCCAGAGUAAG